AUGCGCAGCUCUGCGUCUGUGGUCUCCUCUCCUACGGUUGAUUGUUUUCUUUCACCCUGGUCGUCGUCGUCGAUGCGCCUGCUGAAGCGCCCCCUGCACGGAAGUCCUCUCCUUAACGGCGGCUCUUUCGAGGGCACCUGUCACACAACGCGGUGUGCAGCAAGCCGUGAUUUGCCUCGGCACCCGGGGGACGAGGAAGGAGAUGAAACGAAGCAACGGCGGGAAGGACAUGCCGCGGGCACAGCUGUGGACCGUGCGCCGGAAGCCUGCAGUGACGGUACGAAGUCUAGGGCUGCGCCUGAAGAGCCACCGUCCACACUGCAGCACGCCAGCGCUCGUUCACAGGACGCCCCUGUUCGGGACAAGGUGCUGCUUGGGGAGACGCGCGCGCGCCUAACGGUGACUCUCAGCAACAACCAAGUCCACGCAUGCGUUGUCAACAACAGACUCCAGAGGACGUAUGCGUACGCAAGCAGUUUUGAUCCUGCGCUGCGCGUGGAGAUCGGCUCUACCCACCGAAAAAGGAGCGGGAUCCCGCGUCCGCACGGUGGGACAAUGAAGGCUGCCCGAGCCGUUGGAAGACUCGUGGCACAGAGGGCUCUUCGGCAAGGCAUCAAGAAGGUUUUCUUCGACCGCAAAAGCUACCGGUAUGUGGGACGAGUCAAAGCGUUAGCGGAUGGUGCUCGUGAAGGUGGCUUAGACUUCUAA